UCCAGCAGUGGAGGAGGAACCUCUGACCCAAAGGUAGAGAGAGCAGAGCCUCCAGCUCCCAGCUGUGCGUCUGUGAAGAGUGAAUCACCUCCAGCACCCAGCUGUGUGUCUGUGAAGAGUGAUGAGUCCAUGGAACCUCCUGCUGUAUUCAGUAGUGGACCUGUGACCUCAGUCCUACAGAUGGGGAGUGAGAGAGCAGUAAAUCCAGCACCCAGCUGUGUGUCUAUGAAGAGUGACUGGUCCAUGGAGCCUCCUCCUCUAUUCAGCAGUGAACCUGUGACCUCAGUCCUACGUGACCAGAAGAAGCCUGUAAACAUUUCUAAAGAAAAGCUGGAGUCAGUAUUCAAGGAGCUGGAGGACAAAAUCAUCUCUCUGGUGAAGAAUGAGCUGAAGAGAUUUAAGAAUCUACUGAGCUCAGAUUACCCAGCAUGCACUGAGAGACAGGUGGAGGAUGAGGAGGAUCAGAGCAGUGUCAGAGAGGGGGCGCUGGAGAUCACACUGCACGUCCUGAGGAAGAUGAACCAGAAAGACCUCGCUAACACACUACUGAGCAAACUGGCCCCUGGUUGCCACAGAAAGCUCAAAUCCAAACUGAGGGAAAAAUGUCAGAGGAUUCAUGAAGGAAUCUCACAGCAGGGAACCACAACACUUCUGAAUGAGAUCUACACUGAGCUCUACAUCACAGAGGGAGGGAGUGGAGAGGUCAGUAAUGAGCAUGAGGUGAGACAGAUUGAGACAGCAUCCAGGAGACCAGCAACACAGGAGAUACCCAUCAAAUGCAGUGACAUCUUUAGACCCUUACCAGGACAAGACAAAGCCAUCAGAACUGUGCUGACUAAAGGAGUGGCUGGAAUUGGCAAAACGGUCUCUGUGCAGAAGUUCAUACUGGACUGGUCUGAAGGAAAUGUAAAUCAGGAUGUUCUCUUAAUAUUCCCACUUCCUUUUAGGGAGCUGAAUUUGCUGAAGGAAAAAAAGUUCAGUCUGGUGGAGCUUCUUCAUUGCUUUUUCCCAGAAACAUGUGAAUUAAAACCUAAACAUUAUACCAGCUACAAAAUUCUGUUCAUCUUUGAUGGUCUGGAUGAGUGUAGACUUCCUCUAGAUUUCCAGAACAAUGAGAGAUUGUGGGAUGUAACAGAGUCGACCUCAGUGGAUGUGCUGCUGACAAACCUCAUCAAGGGGAAUCUGCUUCCCUCUGCUCUCCUCUGGAUAACCUCUCGACCAGCAGCAGCCAAUCAGAUCCCUCCUGAGUGUGUUGACCAGGUAACAGAGGUAAGAGGGUUCAGUGAACCACAGAAAGAGGAAUAUUUCAGGAAGAGAAUCAGUGAUCAGGGCCUGGCCAAUAGAAUCAUCACACACAUGAAGUCGUCAAAAAGCCUCUACAUCAUGUGCCACAUUCCAGUCUUCUGUUGGAUUGCAGCCACUGUUUUAGCGAGAAUGUUGGGUGAAGCAGAGAGUGGAGAGAUCCCCAACACUCUGACUCAGAUGUUCACACACUUCCUGAUCUUUCAGCUCAGACACAAGGAUCAAAAGUAUGGACAAAGUAUGAAAGGACAAAAACGUCCCACUUACCCACGUCACAUGAGAGAACAUGUUUUGGCACUGGGAAAACUGGCUUUCCAACAGCUAGAAAAAGGCAACCUGAUCUUCUAUGAGGAAGACCUGAGAAACAGUGGCAUAGAUGUCAGAGAAAUGACAGUGUAUUCAGGAAUGUGCACUCAGAUUUUCAGAGAGGAGUUUGAGCUACAGCUGGGGAAGGUGUUCAGCUUUGUACAUCUGAGUGUUCAGGAGUUUCUGGCUGCUUUAUAUGUGUUUAUUUCCUUCAUCUCCACCAACACCAAUGUGCUACAACAGAAACACCCUGGAUAUUUCAGUAUUUUCAAAACCCCAAUGUCUGUCUUCCUCAACAGUGCAGUGGACAAGGCCUUAACGAGUCAAAAUGGACACCUGGACCUUUUCCUUCGCUUCCUUCUGGGUCUCUCACUGGAGUCCAAUCAGACUCUCUUACGAGGCCUACUGACACAGACAGGAAGCAGCUCUCACAGCAAAGAGGAAACAGUCAAGUACAUCAAGGACAAGAUCAGUGACAGUCCCUCUACAGAGAAAUCCAUCAAUCUGUUCCACUGUCUGAAUGAACUGAAUGAUCAUUCUCUAGUGCAGGAAGUCCAAACAUACCUGAGCAGAGGAGGUAACAGUAGUCUCCAUGGAGCCAGACUGUCUCCUGCUCAGUGGUCAGCUCUGGUGUUUGUGUUGCUGAACUCUGAAGAGGAGCUGGAUGAGUUUGACCUGAGGAAAUAUGACCCAUCAGAGGAAUGUCUACUGAGACUGCUGCCAAUGGUCAAAGCAUCCAGAAAAGCCAUACUAUCUGGCUGUGGUCUCACGGAAGAGUCUUGCAAAUCUCUCACAUCAGUUCUACAAACAGAAAGCUCACUGAGAGAGCUGGAGAUGAAUAAUAAUGACCUGCAGAAUUCAGGAGUGGAGCAGCUCUGUGCUGGACUGAAGAGUUCACACUGUAAACUGGAGAUUCUCAGACUAUCUGGCUGUGGUCUCAAUGAAGAGUCUUGCAAAUCUCUCACAUCAGUUCUACAAACAGAAAACUCACUGAGAGAGCUGGAGAUGAAUAAUAAUGACCUGCAGAAUUCAGGAGUGGAGCAGCUCUGUGCUGGACUGAAGAGUUCACACUGUAAACUGGAGAUUCUCAGACUAUCUGGCUGUGGUAUCACUGAAAAGUCUUGCAAAUCUCUCACAUCAGUUCUACAAACAGAAAACUCAUUGAGAGAGCUGGAGAUGAAUAAUAAUGACCUGCAGAAUUCAGGAGUGGAGCAGCUUUGUGCUGGACUGAAGAGUUCACACUGUAAACUGGAGAUUCUCAGACUAUCUGGCUGUGGUCUCACGGAAGAGUCUUGCAAAUCUCUCACAUCAGUUCUACAAACAGAAAACUCACUGAGAGAGCUGGAGAUGAAUAAUAAUGACCUGCAGAAUUCAGGAGUGGAGCAGCUCUGUGCUGGACUGAAGAGUUCACACUGUAAACUGGAGAUUCUCAGACUAUCUGGCUGUGGUCUCACGGAAGAGUCUUGCAAAUCUCUCACAUCAGUUCUACAAACAGAAAACUCAUUGAGAGAGCUGGAGAUGAAUAAUAAUGACCUGCAGAAUUCAGGAGUGGAGCAGCUUUGUGCUGGACUGAAGAGUUCACACUGUAAACUGGAGAUUCUUAGACUAUCUGGCUGUGGUCUCACUGAAGAGUCUUGCAAAUCUCUCACAUCAGUUCUACAAACAGAAAACUCCUCACUGAGAGAGCUGGAGAUGAAUAAUAAUGACCUGCAGAAUUCAGGAGUGGAGCAGCUCUGUGCUGGACUGAAGAGUUCACACUGUAAACUGGAGAUUCUCAGACUGUCUGGUUGUUUGGUCACAGAGGAAGGCUGUUCUUCUCUGGCUUCAGCUCUGAGGUCAAACCCCUCCCACCUGAAAGAACUGGACCUGACGUACAACCACCCAGGAGAGUCAGGAGUGAAGCUGCUCUCUGCUAGACUGGAGGAUCCCCACUGCAGACUGGACACUCUCAGGGUGGAGCGCGCAGGGGGGAUGAGAAUCAAACCAGGACUAAGAAAAUAUGCUUGUGAUCUCACACUGGACCCAAACACAGCACACACACGUCUCUCUCUGUCUGAGGGGAACAGAAAGGUGACGCGUGUGGAGCAGCAGCAGUCGUAUCCUGAUCAUGCAGAGAGAUUUGAUGUCUGGUAUCAGGUUGUGUGUAGAGAGAGUCUGACUGGACGCUGUUACUGGGAGGUUGAGUGGAGUGGGGGAUGGGCUGAUAUAUCAGUGACAUAUAAAGGAAUCAGCAGGAAAGGAGGCAGUGAUGACUGUGUGUUUGGAUGUAAUCUAAAGUCCUGGAGUCUGAGCUGCUCUGAUAACAGUUACACUGUCUGUCACAAUAAUAAGAGAACUGACAUCUCUGCCCCCUCCAGCUCCAACAGAGUAGGAGUGUAUCUGGACUGGCCCGCCGGCACUCUGUCCUUCUACAGCGUCUCCUCUCACACACACACACUCACACACUUACACACACUCCACUCCACAUUCACUGAGCCCCUCUAUGCAGCGUUUGGGCUUUGGGAUUCUGACUCCUCAGUGUGUGUGUGUGAGCUAGAAUAGCCUCCUGUGUCCUGGAGGAACACCUGAGUCUGCAGGGAA